AUGGCUUCUGCUAAUGUCCUUCUUCCUGCUUCAUCAUUCUCUCCUGCAGUGUCUGUUAGCAAUCUCAAGAGAAAAAGGCCCGUCUCAGAAUCUCCCGAGCAAUUGAGCAUCAUGUCUCCCAAGCAGCCCGAACACAUGGCGUUUGAUCCCUCAAAGCAUCUCGCCUUCACGCCCCCGCAGAAGGUCUGGUCUAUGGAGGAAAUCGGUAUGGCAGACAAGGGCGUCUCUCCGAAUGCAGUCUCAGAACCCUUUCCACUCUUCACUGAGGAAGCAGUCCAUCAAAUGCGAGCUGAAGUCUUAAGUGAGCCUGUCUGGAAGAACUGCCAGUACAAGAGCAAUAUUGCCCAUUGCCAGUUGAGAGGAUUCGCUCCUGACUACGCUCCCUUCGUCUAUGACAUUUGGCGCAGCCCUGAAGUUCUUUCGAUCGUCUCGAAAAUUGCUGGUGUCGAUCUCGUACCCGUCAUGGACUUCGAGAUCGCGCACAUGAACAUCUCCAUCAAGAGCAAGGAGGAGCAAGAAGCAGUCAAGCAGGCUCUUCAAGAGAAAGAGUAUCGUGAUGCAGAUGAGGGUGUAUCUGGCUGCCCAUUCGAGGACGAAACUCCCAUUGUCGACUGGCAUACCGACAGUUAUCCUUUUGUCUGUGUCACCAUGCUUAGUGACUGCACCAACAUGAUCGGUGGAGAGACUGCCUUGCGCAAAGGUGAUGGGGAGAUCAUGAAGGUUCGAGGACCAGGAAUGGGUCAUGCUGUUGUUCUGCAAGGACGAUACAUUGAGCACCAAGCCUUGAGAACCCUCGGUGGCACGGAGCGUAUUACCAUGGUGACAUCCUUUAGACCCAAGUCAGCCUUUCUCAAAGAUGACACUGUCCUCACCACCGUCCGCUCGGUCUCUGACCUGUCAGAGCUCUACUCUCAGUAUGCCGAAUACAGGCUCGAGAUGCUGGAAGAACGCAUCCGAGCCCAGCUUAAAGAGAUCCGUGACCGCAAGCGUGCUCGUCGUGCUUUCGAUACUGCCAAAGCGAAGGUGUUCAUCAACGAGCAGAAAAAUUUUCUUGAUUCAAUGCUUCGGGAAAUGGUCGAUGAGGACCUUGUCACUGCCGGCUACACUGAUGAUUCGCAUCUCUUGAGCGAUGAGCUGAAAGCUGAAGGUCACAAGAAGGCGCUCUAUCAUGCAAAAGAUGCAGCCUAG